AUGCCCCUCUUCUUCUCUGGCGAGCGAGCGCUGCUAUCGCCUAGCACUCAGCGCCAAACGCCCACACAGGCAGUCCGCGCUGUUGCCAAGCAGCGGGAGAUUCGGAGCCCAGAAUCGGGGGAGGGGGUAUGAAAAACACUUAACUUUAGGCUAGAGGCAGCGCACACUGCAAUAGUGGCCAUCUAAACAUCUCUCCUUCUCGGGGGGGGGGGGGGGGGGGGGGGGGGGCAAGGGUCACACACUGGAGGUGGUAUGACGCAGUAGGCUCCCACAUGCAUGCACUCUUAUCUGUGGACAGUGAAUAGAAACGUUGAAAUGAAAUGGUUUUUCAAGAGGUUUGUGCUUUAGUUGGGUAAAAUAAGUUUGUGCCUGGCUACUGGCUCAGGAUAGUGAAUGUGAAUCCUUACUGGCCAUGAACUGUACUGUGUAUCAGAGUUUAAAUGUUCAAGAUUGUCACGUACGUUAAGAGACGGAUCAGACCAAGGUGCAGCGUGAAAGGCGUACAUGUUUAUUUAACUAAUAAACACACGACACAGUAACCAAAAUAACAAACUUAACCGUGACGGUCCAAAGGGCUAACACACAAGCCUAAACAGGAACACAACAAGAUCCCACAACACAGGCAGGAAAACUGGCUGCCUAAGUAUGAUCCCUAAUCAGAGACAACGAGCGACAGCUGCCUCUGAUUGGGAACCACACCCGGCCAAACAUAGAAAUACAAACCUAGAAUAAUCACACCCUGACCAAACUAGCUAGAGUUCUAUAGGCCAGGGCGUGACAAAGAUAUACAGUACCAGUCAAAAGCUGGUUGAGAGAAUGCCAAGAGUGUGCAAAGCUGUCAUCAAGGCAAAGGGUGGCUAUUUGAAGAAUCUCAGAUAUAAAAUAUAUUUCAUUUGUUUAACACUUUUUUGGUUACUACAUGAUUCCAUAUGUGUUAUUUCAUAGUUGUGAUGUCUUCACUAUUAUUCUACAAUGUAGAAAAUAGUAAAAAAUUAAGAAAAACCCUUGAAUGAGUAGGUGUGUCCAAACUUUUGACUGGUAGUGUACGGUGUGAAACAGGUGGUUGUGUAAAGAUAAUGACACAAUGGGUAAGCUGGAUACAUUCAUACUGUAUGUUGUUAUGAGUUUUUGUCUUCCUCUUCCCUCUCCUCUAUAGAUAGAUAGCUUCACCUACACACCAACACCUCCUGACACUCUAUUUACCCUGCUGUGUGUUGGAGGAAGUCCUUUAUUUGUACCGUGAACACCCCUCCACACAUCCUAUUUCCGUUCCCUCCUCCACUUCUAACUCUCCUCUCCUCUCUUCCACUCCUCUUCUCUUGAUUAUUUUCACCCCUUGGCCUCCUCCGUAUACAACCUCUGUGCCUCUCCUGUACUUCUCUCUCUCCUCCCACUCUUCUAUUCCUCCCUCCAUCCUUGCUGCCGUAAAUACACAUCACCUCUGUGUCUCUCUCCCUAGUCACUCCUCCCUGUGUGCUGCUAUCCUUGCCUUUCUUCACUCUCUCUGCCCUCCCUCCAUCAAAUGUCCUCUUCUGUUAGUGUGCGUGUGUGCAUGUAACAAUAUAACAUACCCCCUCUGUUCAUGUUAAUUUUCAUGUGACUGUUCAUGUUACUGUUCAUGUUACUGUUUGAUAUACUGUUCAUGUUACUGUUCAUGUUACCCUUCAUGUUACUGUUCAUGUUAUGUUACUGUUCAUGUUACUGUUCAUGUUACUGUUCAUGUUACCCUUCAUGUUACUGUUCAUGUUACUGUUCAUGUUACUGUUCAUGUUACCCUUCAUGUUACUGUUCGAGUUACUGUUCAUGUUACUGUUCAUUUUACUGUUCAUGUUACUGUUCAUGAUACAGUUCGAGUUACUGUUUGACUUACUGUUCAUGUUACUGUUCAUGUUACUGUUCAUGAUACUGUUCAUGUUACUGUUCGAGUUGCUGUUCAUGUUACUGUUCAUGUUACUGUUCGAGUUACUGUUCAUGUUACUGUUCAUGAUACUGUUCAUGUUACCCUUCAUGUUACUGUUCAUGUUACCCUUCAUGUUACUGUUCAUAUUACUGUUCAUGAUGCUGUUCAUCUUACUGUUCAAGUUACUGUUCAUUUUACUGUUCAUGUUAGUUAAGGAUAUGCUGCUAAUGAACAGGAGUCAGGAGGCCUCUCUAUGUAGGACAUACUGUAUGCUAGCUAGGUCUUGCAUAACAACAUCUGCUCUGAGAUCUCACUUCUUCCCUUAGAGUCAGACCCCAGGCUGAAUAAUCAUGACUAUUCUAGAAUUAUACUUUUUUACGGUUUAAUAAUUGGUGUAGCAGGACUAAUAUGUCAUGACAUAGUAAAGUAGGGUUCACACAGAUUUGGGCAGAAGCCUUUCUUUCCCGUGGUGUUCUACUCUGCUGGCUUCCUCUAAAACAUUGGAGAAUUGCCUUCAUAUUUAGGCAGAAAGCAUUCUCAUCAGUACUGAAAUAAUAUUUAGACAGAAAGCUUUCUCAUCAGUACAGAAAUAACUGUAAGUACUGUAACCUGUAUUUAAUCAGUAUAAAUAAGGAUGUGCUGUGAUCUCAGCUACCACAUUCAGCACUAUCAAAGCCACUGCUGACAGGUUGUUCUGAUUUAAUUGGAACUCUUAUCAUCAUCCACGCUACGCAAACCAGCGCUGCUGCCUCUGCAUAAUUAUAAUCUUUAGUCAUUUGUAACCUCUUUCAUUCUCUCCCUAUGCCACUAUCUCUCUGUAACGCAGCGGUUCCCAAACUAGGGGUCGCGACCCCAUGUGGGGUCACCUGAUAUGAAAAUGGGGUCGCGUUAGAAUAUAUAUACAGUACCAGUCAAAAGUUUGGACACACCUACUCAUUCCAUUUUUUUUUAUUUUUUUUUACUAUUUUCAACAUUGUAGAAUAGUAGUGAAGAUAUCAAAACUAUGAAAUAACACAUAUGGAAUCAUGCAGUAACCAAAUAAGUGUUAAACAAACACUCUUGGCAUUCUUUCAACCAGCUUCAUGAGGUAGUCACCUGGAAUGCAUUUCAAUUAACAGGUGUGCCUUCUUAAAAUUUAAUUUGUGGAAUUUCUUUCCUUCUUAAUGCGUUUGAGCCAAUCAGUUGUGUUGUGACAAGGUAGGGGUGGUAUACAGAUGUCAUGCGUCAGUGUGUAGCGGUAGGACGGAGUCAGGCGCAGCACACAGAACUUAGUAAACGACGUACUUUACUUAACAAAAGUAACAGAUUAUAUCUUCCACGCAGGGAAGAAAAAUACCAGCUCACAAGAAAGACAGCAAAACAACGAACAAUCACGCACAACACCAUGAGGAAACCAGAGGGUAAAAUAGGGAAAUAAAUUAACGUGAUGGGAAUCAGGUGUGUGCAAUCAAGACAAAACAAGUGGAACACAGAAACAUAGAUCGGUGGCAGCUAGUACUCCGGUGACGACGAACGCCGAUGUCACGAUCGUCAAAAGGAGGAGACCAAAGCGCAGCGUGUUGAGCGAACAUCGUAGACUUUUUUAUAAAGAAACCACGAUCAAAACAACAAACCAAAUAUGACGAAAGUGAAGACCUCUGUGACACUGACAGAACAAUGGAACAAAAACCCACAACCCACAUGAGAACACAGACAGAAUAAAUAUGGCUCCCAAUCAGAGAUAACGAGCCGACAGCUGACACUCGUUACCUCCGAUUGGGAGUCAUAUGACUAAACAAUAAACACACCCAAAACACAACCAACCGAAUACACCCUUACAACCACCCCCACAACAAAUACCCAACAAAACAAAUACACCCUGGCUCAAAUCCAGACGUCCCUGAGCCAGAGUGUUACAGUACCCCCCCCUAAAGGUGCGCACUCCGGGCGCACCAGCAUACAGUCUCGGGGAGGGUCUGGGUGGGCGUCUGUCCACGGUGGCGGUUCUGGCCCUGGUCGUGGUCCCCACCCCACCUUAGUCACCACCCGCUUCCCUAGCCUCCUCCACAUGACCACCCCCCAACUAAACCCCACUGGAUUAAGGGGCGGCACCGGACGAAGAGGCAGCCCCGGACUAAGGGACAGCACCGGACUAAGGGGCAGCACCGGACUAAGGGGCAGCACCGGGCUAAGAGGCAGCACCGGGCUAAGGGGCAGCACCGGGCUAAGGGGCAGCACCGGACUAAGGGGCAGCACCGGGCUAAGGGACAGUACCUGACUAAGGGGCAGCACCGAACUGAGGGGCAGAUCCUGGCUGGCUGGCUCUGGCGGAUCUUGGCUGGACGGCUCUGGCGGAUCCUGGCUGGACGGCUCUGGCGGAUCCUGGCUGGCGGAAGGCUCUGGCUGAUCCCGUCUGGCGGAAGGCUCUGGCUGAUCCUGUCUGGCGGAAGGCUCUGGCUGAUCCUGUCUGGCGGAAGGCUCUGGCUGAUCCUGUCUGGCGGAAGGCUCUGGCUGAUCCUGUCUGGCGGAAGGCUCUGGCUGAUCCUGUCUGGCGGAAGGCUCUGGCUGAUCCUGUCUGGCGGAAGGCUCUGGCUGAUCCUGUCUGGCGGAAGGCUCUGGCUGAUCCUGUCUGGCGGAAGGCUCUGGCUGAUCCUGUCUGGCGGAAGGCUUUAGCGGCUCCGGUCUGGCGGACGGCUCAGAAGGCUCAUGGCAGACGGGCGGCUUAUGCAGCGCUUGGCAGACGGACAGUUCAGACGGCGUUGGGCAGACAGACAGUUCAGACGGCGUUGGGCAGACGGGCAGUUCAGGCGCCGUUGGGCAGACGGGCAGUUCAGACGGCGUUGGGCAGACGGACAGUUCAGGCCCCGUUGGGCAGACGGGCAUUUCAGGCGCCGUUGGGCAGACGGGCAGUUCAGGCGCCGCUGGGCAGACGGCAGACUCUGGCCGUCUGAGGCGCAUCGUAGGCCUGGUGCGUGGUGCCGGAACAGGAGGUACCGGGCUGAGGACACGCAUCUCAGGGCUAGUGCGGGGAGAAGCAACAGGGCAUGCUGGACCCUGGGGACGCACCGUAGGCCUGAUGCGUGGUGCCGGAACUGGAGGUACCGGGCUGAGGACACGCAUCUCAGGGCUAGUGCGGGAAGCAACAGGGCAUGCUGGACCCUGGGAACGCACCGUAGGGUUAGUGCGUGAAGCAGGAACAGGCCGGGCUGGGCUGGCGACGCACACCGUAGGUUCUGUGCGUGGAGCAGGAACAGGCCGGGCUGGGCUGGCGACGCACACCGUAGGUUUGGUGCGAGUGGCAGGAACAGGCCGGGUCGGGCUGGCGACGCACACCGUAGGUUUAGUGCGUGAAGCAGGAACAGGCCGGGCUGGGCUGGCGACGCCCACCGUGGGCUUGGUGCGUGGAGUAGGAACAGCCCGGUCCGUACUGGGAACACACACCACUGGCCUUAACUGAGGAUCAGGAACGGGCCGGACCGGACUGGUAACACACAUCAGUCUCUCACGCCUUGCCGCAACAACUUCCCUUCCUCUACUCGCCAAUGGCUCCCGUAAUCCGAUAGCCCUCUCUCCACGUCUCCCUGUGGCAGCCUCCUGCUGCCCAGCCGCCCAAGCCAUGUGCCCCCCCCAAAAAACUUUUUGGGGUUGCCUCUCGUCCAUCCGACGAUGGCCCUGCUGACGCCAUUGCUCCUCUCCUGCCAGGUUCUCCCCCUUCAUCGCCCUCCGGUACCGGACGGCCUCCUCCUGCGUAAUAUGUCCCCAGCCGAGGAGGACAUCCACCAGCGUUCUCUCCUGCGGGUGUUCCCGUAUACGCUGCUUGGUCCUUUGAUGGUGGGUUUUUCUGUCACGAUCGUCAAAAGGAGGAGACCAAAGCGCAGCGUGUUGAGCGAACAUCGUAGACUUUUUUAUAAAGAAACCACGAUCAAAACAACAAACCAAAUAUGACGAAAGUGAAGACCUCUGUGACACUGACAGAACAAUGGAACAAAAACCCACAACCCACAUGAGAACACAGACAGAAUAAAUAUGGCUCCCAAUCAGAGAUAACGAGCCGACAGCUGACACUCGUUACCUCCGAUUGGGAGUCAUAUGACUAAACAAUAAACACACCCAAAACACAACCAACCGAAUACACCCUUACAACCACCCCCACAACAAAUACCCAACAAAACAAAUACACCCUGGCUCAAAUCCAGACGUCCCGGAGCCAGAGUGUUACAGCCGAAGCCUGCCCGAGCAAGGAGGAGGGGCAGCCUCGGCUGAAUUCGUGACAACAGAAGAUAGCCCUAUUUGGUAAAAGACCAAGUCCAUAUUAUGGCAAGAACAGCUCAAAUAAGCAAAGAGUAACGACAGUCCAUCAUUACUUUAAGAAAUGAAGGUCAGUCAAUAUGGAACAUUUCAAGAACUUUGAAAGUUUCUUCAAGUGCAGUCGCAAAAACCAUCAAGCGCUAUGAUGAAACUGGCUCUCAUGAGGACCGGCACAGGAAUGGAAGACCCAGAGUUACCUCUGCUGCAGGGGAUACGUUCAUUAGAGUUACCACCCUCAGAAAUUGCAGCCCAAAUAAAUUCUUCACAGAGUUCAAGUAACAGACACAUCUCAACAUCAACUGUUCAGAGGAGAAUGCGUGAAUCAGGCCUUCAUGGUCAAAUUGCUGCAAAGAAACCACUACUAAAGGACACCAAUAAGAAGAAGAGACUUGCUUGGGCCAAGAAACACGAGCAAUGGUCCUUUGGUUUGAUGAGUCCAAAAAUCCAACUGCUGUGUCUUUGUGAGACGCAGAGUGGGUGAAUGGAUUAUCUCUGCAUGUGUGGUUCCCACCGUGAAGCAUGGAGGAGGAGGUGUGAUGCUGACACUGUCUGUGAUUUAUUUAGAAUUCAAGGCACACUUAACCAGCAUGGCUACCACAGCAUUCUGCAGCGAUACGCCAUCCCAUCUGGUUUACGUUUAGUGGGACUAUAAUUUGUUUUUCAACAGGACAAUGACCCAACACACCUCCAGGCUGUGUAAGGGCUAUUUGACCAAGGAGAGUGAUGGAGUGCUGUAUCAGAUGACCUGGCCUCCACAAUCCCCCGACCUCAACCCAAUUGAGAUGGUUCGGGAUGAGUUGGACCGCAGAGUGAAGGAAAAGCAGCCAACAAAUGCUCAGCAUAUGUGGGAACUCCUUCAAGACUGUUGGAAAAGCAUUCCAGGUGAAGCUGGUUGAGAGAAUGCCAGGAGUGUGCAAAGCUGUCACCAAGGCAAAGGGUGGCUACUUUGAAGAAUCUCAAAUCUCAUAUUUAUUUUAAUUUGUUUAACACUUUUUCGGUUACUACAUGAUUCCAUAUGUGUUAUUUCAUAGUUUUGAUGUCUUCACUAUUAUUCUAAAAUGUAGAAAAUAGUAAAAAAAUAAAGAAAAACCCUUGAAUGAGCAGGUGUGUCCAAUCUUUUGACUGGUACUGUAUAUAUCGUCUUUGUAUCUCAAAAUCAUUGUAAUGUGGUUAACCUUAAAAAUCUAAAUGAAAAUUAUUGAAAUCUAAAAGAUCAAAUUCAACCAGAGAGUGCGCUUAGAUCAUGGGAAAAGGCUGCACUUGACUGUUGCGCUUCAAUCAGAAUGAUUCAAGUGCAACAGUCAAGUGCGGCCUUUCGAGCUGUCAUGUGACCGAAUGCUGCAGACAACGCAUUCACUGUUCACUAUGGAGGAGUUUUGGUUACUGACUCAAAGGGAAUACCAUGCCAUCUCCCUCAGAGCAUUAAAAGUCAUGGUACCCUUCGCCAGCUCAGAUCUGUGUGAAGCUGGAUUCAGCAGUGCUCUCGUCUGCAUUAAAACCAAAUAUGUGACCCGUUUCAAGAAGCUAGGCGUAUGUCGCACGUCACUACUUAACAGGAGAGGCAUUUGAAUGUUAAAAAAAUAAUAAGAAUCUAAAUGCGUUUUUUGGCAGAAAUGCCUUCUGGAAUAUGUGAAGUUUCAUGUGCCUUAAUAACAAACGUGUAUGCCAUCUGUAAAUAUGAAUGAAAUUGUUAAAUUACGAGCCUAGUUGGUUUAGCCACGGAAAAAUACAGGAACCUUCCCGCUAGCCAUGAUUAGCUGAGAUAAUAGAUGGGCUGGAUAUGCUGAGAGAUGAGUUCAGAUUGGUCUGCCAUGUAGCAUGCUUCUGUCGAUAACAUGAGCUGCUCAGUAUGUGUAGAUAGUUAACAGGCACUAUUGACAAAGAUCAGUGGGAAAAAGUUGUGAUGGACUACUUUCUGGAGGACGAUCAUGCCAUUCUGAUUCUGAAAAUGAAUCAGCCGAUGAGGAAAUCCCUGAUUUGUGUAAAAAAAAUGUAAUUGAACCAGACAUUGUAUAAUCUUCUGAUGACAGUGAUGGGGAAGAAACGCAGAUCAACAGUGUUGUUGUCACAGAAGAAGUUGACCGAGUUUUGAAAUCAGUGGAAUGCCCAGUGGAAGCAGAGAGAUGAUUGCCAAAUGCGGAGAGAGUUGAAAAGAGAACACAGGCGCUAUCGACAAAGAUCAGUGGGAAGAAGUUGUGAUGGACUACUUUCUGGAGGACGAUUGUGCCAUGCUGACUCUCUGACUCUGAAAAUGAAUCAGAUGAUGCUGAAAUCCCUGAUUUAGGUAAAACAUUUUUCAUUGAACCAGACAUUGUAUAAUCUUCUGAUGACAGUGAUGGGGAAGAAAUGGCGAUCAACAGUGUUGUUGUCACGGAAGAAGUUGACAGAGUUUUGAAAUCAGUGGAAUGCUCAGUGGAAGCAGAGAGAUGAUUGCCAAAUCCGGAGAGUCGAAAAGAGAACACCUGUCUCCGGAUUACAUCUUCAAACUAAGGGCAACCAUGGCAUCCAUGACAGAGAGGGAGAAGCGUUCAUCCAUGUAUACGGGUAAGAGUCUAGCUACAUUUUCAGAUAUUAUACGUUUCUAAUUUUGUCAGAAAGUCUUUUUCAUUGCAAGUUACAGCGUACUGCUAGGUAGCUAGCUAACGUUAGCUGGCUGGCUCGCUAGCUAACGUUACGUGUAUGAUCUGUGUAGUUAUAUUAUUUGUAUCUCAGAACUAUUUGCAUUGCUAGUUAUAGCCUAAUGUUAGCUAGCUAACCAUUUCACUGUACCGUUUACACCUUCUGUAUCCUGUGCAUGUGACAAAUAAACUUUUAUUUUAUUUGAUUUAGCGUGUGUUUGCCAGAGACGGUAAUGUGAAGAACAACAUGACCUGCACCAAAGUCAGAUUCUGAAAUAGGCCAAUGACUAGAUAAAGUGUAUUUUUACUACAACUUUUUGCUACUACUUUCACCACUUUUAGUCUUGAAGUCUUCGGUUGUUUACUACACUACCUUAUUCACUCUGUUUAGCACAUGACUUCACAUGUGAAUCCUUAAAGAGAUGGGUGGGGCUAACGCUUAAGAGGGUGUGAAUGAGGCUGAAUGGGUGUAGACAAAGAAGAGCUCUCCAGUUGGUGUACCAAAACAUUUUCUCAAAAGUGGGGUUACAGGUUUAUCAACAUUCAAAGCAGAAUACUUUCUCAUUGUUCCUCAACUGCAGUGUAUGCUAUACAAUUUUCUCAGAAGUAGAAAGCACCUUUUCAAAUUUUGCUACCGAAUCCAGGUGGUGGGUCACAUAUCGAUCCAGGUUGGAUGUGACAGCAGAGAUGAGGUGCGCACUGUUGACCACGCCAACCUGACUUUGAGAAGCUCCGAUGCGACAUGCAUCAAGCACACCCUUCUCAUUACAUUUUAGUCAUUUAGCAGACACUCUUAUCCAGAGCAACUUACAGUUAGUGAGUGCAUACAUUAAAUUAUUAUACUGGCCCCCCGUGGGAAUCAAACCCACAACCCUGGCGUUGCAAACGCCAUGCUCUACCAACUGUGCUACAUCCCUGCCGGCCAUACCCUCCCCUACCCUGGACGACGCUGGGCAAAUUGUGCACCGCCCCAUGGGUCUCCCGGUCGUGGCCAGUUACGACAGAGCCAUUACAUUUACAUUUACGUCAUUUAGCAGACGCUCUUAUCCAGAGCGACUUACAUUAUUCUUCUUUUUUUUUCUUUUUUCAUACUGGCCCCCCAUGGGAAUUGAACCCACAACCCUGGCGUUGCAAACGCCAUGCUCUACCAACUGAGCUACCUCCCUGCCGGCCAUUCCCUCCCCUACCCUGGACGACGCUGGGCCAAUUGUGCGCCGCCCCAUUGGUCUCCCGGUUGCGGCCGGCUACAGCAGAGCCUGGAUUCGAACCAGGAUCUCUAGUGGCACAGCUAGCACUGCGAUGCAGUGCCUUAGACCACUGCGCCACUCGGGAGGUUAGUGGUGGUGAGAUAAUGGUGCUUUCAAGACAACUGGGAACUCUGAAAAAAACAAGGUCAAAUCAUGACGUUAGUGAUCUUCAGGUUGGAAAGUCUGAGCUUUAGAAAGAGGCCUGAGUUCCCGACUUGGAAUUCCGAGUUGGAUGACAGGUCAAACUGAUUUUUCCCAGUCUGAGCUUUUUUUUUUUAAAGUUCCCAAUUGUCUUGAAUGCACUGAAGUCGGAAGUUGGAUACUUCCGAGUUCCCAGUUGUUUUGAACGCGGCAAUUGACUGUCAUAGCCCCACAUUAAAAGUAUGUGAUCGUGAAUUGAGAAGACAAUCAGAAAUACUGUUAGAAUGUUUUGCAAUUGACUGCCAUAGCCCCAAAUAAAAAAGUAAACAUUGGCUGUUAAUUAUUUGGUUUUUUUUCACAUGGUUGGGGUCCUGAGAAUUUUCAGAUAUCAAAAUGGGUUUGUGGACGAAAAAAGUUUGGGAACCCUUGCUGUAACUGCUUACAGUAUGCUGAUACAUCGAUUUAUUUGGGACCCUGACACACGCAAAGUUAUGGUCAAUUCCAGUUCAAGUCAGCUGAAUUGAAAUGCAAGUCAUGAAAAGGAAAUGUAUCAAUAUUUGAGUAUGCAUGACAUAGUUCAAAUAGAGCCCAACUUUCUUGUCACUCACCCAGCUUACUGUAACCCGCACUCUCUCAGAUCUGCAGUAUCUCUCGUCGCUUGGCUAACUCUCUUCCAUUAAUAUCUCAUAGUUAUCCGCAACUUCUUUCCCCAAAAUAUUUUUAACUCCACUUACUCCCUCUUACCCAUUUAGCUACAUCUGUAUGAGGGACCACUUUAAACUAUUUUCUUGGUCAGGUGUACUCCAGGUGACCUGCUGAAGUGUGUGAGCAGCGGAAGUGAGUGAGGUCUCUCCCUGGCCUCUGCACCACACGCAGCAGGCCCCCAUGCUAAAUGACCGGGGCUGUGUGUCCUUGUCUGACAGCAGCUGCUUGCCUCAGUGAGAGGGCUGCUAAUUACAUGCUAAUUCAACUCAACCAAGAGCUCUCCACUCUCUCCUUUCCAUUCAGCCAUGCUUAGACGCUGCAGAUGGAAUUACUCCAGAUUUUUUGGAAAAGGAUCAUUUAGAUUUUAGAGUGACUUCAAAAAGCUUAUGGAUUUUAUGUGCACUUUUACUGUGUUACAGAGUGGUUUGACUUUGUUAUAGAAGAAUCCAGAACAGCAGUGUGGUACAGUGCAGUGUUGGGUUAUAUAACCCUUUAGAGUGGUCAGAGUUUUCAGAUAAUCCCCCCCUCUCUCUUUCUCUCUCUUCUUCUUUUUCUUCUCUCUCUCUCUCUCUCUCUCUCUCUCUCUCUCUCUCUCUCUCUCUCUCUCUCUCUCUCUCUCUCUCUCUCUCUCUCUCUCUUAUUUAUAUAUAUAUAUAUAUAUAUAUAUAUAUAUAUAUAUAUAUAUAUAGUGGCGUUGGUGCCAUUUAUUAAUUAACAUGGCCUUAUUUCUAUUACAGCAUAUUGGAUGACUGUCAUUCAUAUUCCAUUCACCCAGAUCAAUGUAACAUUGAUAGGUUUAGGCUACUACAUGAUACUUGAAUUUUCCCUGUACCUAUCAUGAGGUUGCUACAACCUAGCCUAUGAAUGAAUGUUUACAACGUAGGUGCAUCGGUCGAGAGAAUUUGGAGUAAUCAAGGUGACAGACAGUCACCAGCCUUGCACACUCUUGCCUGCAUCUAGCUGACCUAGGGUGUAAUCAUUAGUCUAACAGUUGCAAACAAGAGUUUCUAUUGAACAAAUUCAGGUAUGUUUAUCCCUGUUUCAUUCCGUUUCCUUCCGUUUAAGAUACAUUUUUCAACAGAAUCGGCGCAAUGAAUACACCCCUGAUCACACGCAUACACAGUUCACUUUCAAACCAGACACAUACAACAGCUCAUUGUAUAUAUAAUUCCUUAUCGCAUCUAUCUAUGCGCUCUCUUCCUCUCACCUUUUCCCUUUGCUUGUGGACUUCAGUUUACAACACAUCAGCUGUCUGUGACUAGGUGAAAAAACCUUUCCAAGCCAAACCUUCAUAUCAUGACCGUUAACCGCUACACACAGCCUACAUCGUUGUCACAUCAUAGUCAACAUAGCUACUAGAACUAAUGCGUUAGUAAACCCGCUACAAUCAUGCAGUACGGUGUAGUCAGCAGCAAUCAGUUUAGCAGUUACACCGGCGAGCCCCGGUGGCAAUAAAUUAAUAAAACCAAAAGCUUACCUUGACUUGGAAGAGUUCCAGUGUUGGAUAGCCAUAGCCAGCUAGCUAACAUAGCAUCCCUCUCUGUUUGAGCCGUGUGUUUGAGUAGGCUAAACUAGCUAGCUGCAUUUGACACUAGCUAAGUAAGUGAAAGUGAAAAUCAAAAAAUAUAUACUACGAAAUAUAGCUAGAGCUGUCUCGCUCUCGCUCUCGCUCUCGCUCUCGCUCUCGCUCUCGCUCUCGCUCUCUCUUGCUUCUCCUUAAUUUUGGAAGAAAUUAAUUUGUUUAACAUUGUUCAACUAUUGUCUUUCUCUCUCUUUGAGUCAACUACUCACCACAUUUUAUGCACUGCAGUGCUAGCUAGCUGUAGCUUAUGCUUUCAGUACUAGAUUAACUCUCUGAUCCUUUGAUUAGGUGGACAACAUGUCAGUUCAUGCUGCAAGAGCUAUGAUAGUUUGGAGGACGUCCUCCGGAAAUGGUCAUAAUUACUGUGUAAGUUUAUGGAAGGGGGUGAGAACCAUGAGCCUCCUAGGUUUUGUAUUGAAGUCAAUGUACCCAGAGGAGGACAGAAGCUAGCUGUCCUCCGGCUACACCAUGGUGCUAUCCUACAGAGUGCUGCUGAGGAUACUGUAGACCUUCACCGCAAAGCAGUGUGUUUUAAUCAAUUAUUUGGUGAUGUGAAUAUAUUUUGGAUAGUUUUAUCUAAAAAGGAUGUUUGAUACCAUUCCAUUCAUUACCACAAGCCCGUCCUCACAAGUUAAGGUGCCACCAGCCACCUGUGAUAUAUACAGUAUAUAUAUGUCCAUCUCCUUUAACACCUUCUAACUCACUCUCACACACUCUCUCUGUCUGUUAAUUAUUAGGCCUUUUUUUGAAUUCCCAUAUGUCUCUUCUCUACUUCAUGUCCUCAGUCCAUGGUCUUCUUUUGUGAAGUUGGAUUCCAUCUCUGCACUUUCUCCCAGACAGUCAAUAGAAUAGAAGAUGAUGUUGCGAGGUCAGGGCGGUUGGCUGCCUCGCUGCCUCUGAGGAGUGUCAUUGUUUGCAGCAGCUCUGUACCUUUGUUAUCCUUCACUCCCUGAGGUUGUUAGUAACUUCAGUAUGGCGGUCAUGUACAUUGCAAUUCACUAUACAUCAGCUUCUUUUAAUCUCUCUUUAUCUACAGUAUAUGUCUCUCAUGUUUACUACCAUUGCUGCUUCACUCAAUGUCAAUGCUGUUUCUUGUUUCUUGUUUCUUGCUUCAAUUCAAUUUUCUCUUUCUGUCUUCAUUUUUGCAUCAUCUCUCUGUCUCUUUUCCUCUCUCUGUGUGUGUCUCUGUCUCUUUUUUGGUCUUUCUUAAGUGUCAGGCAGUCACCAUCUUACUCAAGCUAUCCAAUCUCUGCUCCCACAACCCCUACUGCAGCCAGCCCCUAUGCCACCCUCCUCCCCACCAGUCUGACUGUUAACAGCUUCUUCAGCCUCCAUCAGUACUGCUGCCCCUCGUCUGCCAAACACUCGCAGCAGGCAAGGUAAGGGCCACCUAAAGGCCUUCAAAAGAAUCCCAAGAACCUAUGAAUACCUCACAACAAUCCUUACUUCCUGCAAGACCCUUAGAACCCUAAAAAUAUCCCCAGUCCACCACUCCCCUGCCCUGGUCACCAACCCUACCUUCAAAGCUUGCCCUCCCUUUCUCCUUCCUACAAAUCCCCUUCAAUCCACUGGUUCUAAACCCCUGGUUAACCCUAACACCCUUACCUUAUACCCAGCCCCUAACCUGUGCAAGAACCCUCCAUUGUUAUGUCACCUCAUCCUCUCACCAUCUUUCACCACCUGCUUUGCCUUUCAUCACCUUGCCUCCUAUACACCUGUGGGAAUAUGUCACCAGUUCACCCCUGACCCUAGCCUGUGCCAUACUGCCAUGCUGCCUCCUCAUCUUUCUUCCUAUCAGGAGUCCUUACUGUUGUUGUCUCCAUCUUAACAGCUGUGUCUGAGAGGGGAAGAGAGAUGGCUACCUCUUUAACAGCUUAACACAGAGCCAGAGAGCUCACUUAAAAAGGGCCUUUAUACAAAGAGCGAGAGAUGUCCUCACUCAGAGAAGAGAAAUAACAAUCAUCUUGGAUGAGUGGAGGGUCUGAGGGUGGUCUGAGUCACCACUAAACCCACUGAAUCUGAGGACGCACUCAAGAUAGCCACGCAUCGCUUUCUAUACAAGGCGCAGUCGAGUCGUAAUCUGAGCGAUCGACUCUCUCAUGAUCUUGCUCGCUUUCUUUUAGUUGGUUAUUCUUGAGUCCCUAUAUCUCUCUCCGGAGCUCUAGUAGCUCAUCGCUCGAUCUCUCUAGUCUCGUACUCUCUCUCUCUCUCUCUCUCUCUCUCUCUCUCUGCCUCAACAUGGCCUUGUGAUGAACUUGAACAGGCACCAGCUUCAGUGCAUCAUGCUCCAGGACUGCCAUCUAUUGGGAGAGGAUGUACAGGCCUAGUGUGCAGUCAAUGGGCACUAGUUAGCAUUUUUGCAUGGACAGAGUAUUAUGGAAAUAUGACCUAGAAUACAGCAGCUGAUGGCUAAGCAACACAAAUGAUAAUGUAGCCAUGAUAACACAUUUGGGUGGCUCAUUUGCAUGUAGUGUUGCCUAGUCUUAAAUAUUUAAAAUGUUAUCCAACAAUCCUUAGGGAUGGAUUGAAAUUUGCAAUAUCUUGCACACGGACUAGUCUAUAGCCUAUGUUCUGUUCAGUUUGAGAAGGAGAGCAUGAAGAUGAGAAGGAGGACUGGAGGUCAACUUUCAUAGCUUGCUACUACUAUAAUUGACUAAAUAAUUGAAUGAAAACAAUGUUUCUUGCCCAUUAUGUAUUUAUCAGAGUUAUUGACCUCACAAUAAGCCAGAUUCAAGUAAUUUACAUUAUGGUGCUGAAACUUGAAGCAGCAGCUGCGUCACAAUCAAUCGGAAAUAGACAUUUCAUGGUGCUGAAAGUAGGCAAAUUCGAGUAGGCAUAAUUCAUUUCAACCGUCUUCAUUUUAAUUAGACUUGACUAACAACAAGAGAGCUUUGUGUUGGAGCAUAUUUCUCACUAUUUAAGAAAUAAGAUGUAGGCCUACAUUUUUGACAGACGAAAUUAAGCUAUAGGCUGCUAUAUCCAUAGAUUUGUAAGUCAAUUCCUCAACCCACCAUAUACUCUUUUAAUAGCCCAGUGAAGGGCUGUUAAGUUAAAACCAGGAUUCAAAUUGAGGGGUAUGACAGCGUAUGCCAUAGGCCUACCUUUUAUUAAAGAAAAUGGCAAAAAGCACAGGCCUAACCCUUCUUAGCUUAAAACGGAUCCGAUAAUAUAAAGUGAUCUAUAACAGCGCUUUGGUCCGCGAUGCUUUAUGCUUGAAACAAGCUAUAAAAUAUGCAGAUGCAUAUGGGAAUGUCAUUGUUUCGUUUCUUUGAUAUUCAGAGGCUGAGAUACAACCUUCUAUAGCCGAGGAGACUAAACAUAGACUUUUCUUGGGAAGUAAUCUAAUUCUGUCACUAUCAAUUGAUUAAGCUAUUCACUUUCUGUACAACAGAACAUUUUUAAAACCCAGACAGCUUUUAGGGAAACACUUGUGACGUUCUCUCGUUGGGUUAAGCCACGGAAGAGUAGCCAGCAUUUUUCUGCAUCGGUAGGCCUACUCUGUCUAGGGUGGAAAGGUAGGCCUAACUUUUGAAAGUACAUGCUCAGAUUCUUAAUGAUGUCUUUGGAAACAGGGGCAGCUUUGUUGCAAACAAGACACACUGAUUUGGCAUUGGAUAAAUAUGAUAAGAUGAACACACAGGCCUAUCUCUCUGUCCAUUCUUAGCCUGUAAUUUCGGUAAUAUGUGUGAUAUUAAAAAAUAUUCUGCUAUUAUGUAAAAUGACAUAGAAUUGUAUGGAAUGUUUAUUAAAGGCAAUUUUUUCUCGGACCUGCAAAUACCUUGAUCGACUCAUGCAAUGGUUUUACUAUAAAGGAGAUCUUUCCACUCCUACUCUUGUCCACGGUGGUUUGUGAACCCACAACCUUCUGGCCCACAGCCCUGUGCGCUAUCAAAAUUCCUGCGUUGCCAUAUAAUGCUUGCAGGACGAAGAACAGUUUAUUAAAGUGCAUAUCUAAAGCUCUGGUCUGUCGAAGAAGUGAGGGUAAAUGGUAUACAUGUUCUCUGCUAUCCACUUUGUUUUAAUUAUUAUUUGGGGUAUAGGUUGGGUCACUUUAUUUUCAAGCGUUCAGGGAGGGUUUAGGUCAAAUAUAUUUUGCUGAAGGGAGGGCCAUCCAUUUUCAUUUCAGAGAGGUCCGAUUUUCUCCAUGUAACCAUUAUUAUAAAUAACAUUCACUCCCUUAGCUUUACUAUGAUGAUAUUGACCUCUGGCUUCAGCUGACUCAUAGACACAGAAACUUGACUUCAAAGUGUUUCCUUUUUACACAAUUAGGAUAUGACAGGAACAUUUCGACAGCCUCCUGCUCCUCUCUUCUCUCAGUAUCAUUUCCACCAAUGUAGGCUUUGAUCAGCUUUUUGUCAUGUAUUUCUGUCUCAUGCUUUUUCUCUUUUUCUUGCUAUCUGUUUUCUCUGUUUCUCUGUGUAUCUGUCUGUCUGUCUCCUUCGUCACCCUCCCUACUUCCAUGUCUUCUUCCCUCACUCUGUAUCCUUCCCUCCCUCCCUUUCUCUCUGUCUGUCUAUCACCCUGUCUCCCUCCCUCUCUCUCUGUCUGUCUCUCGCUUUACCCAUUCCCGUUGGUUCCUCAGUGAGGAGUGUGAGGAUGAAGCGUCCCAUCAGUUCUGUUGUCCCUCCUCAGGGUGCAGUAGCCCCUCCUCUCGAUAACCCUGCACUUUGAUUGGUCUCUUGGCAUCAAGCUGGACAGUUGAUUGGUCUCAUGGAGUCAAGCUGGACAGCUCAGCCAAUCACCUGAGUCACACUUUCAGUCUCUAUGAGGGACUCUUGGAGGCCCCUUCACUACAGUUUAACAGUUGAAUGACACUGGACAGAGCCCCAGUCUGGAUGGAUUUAAACAGAAUUAUCCUUCUUUAGUUGCAUGUGAAUUGUAGUCUCAUUGUGAUAGUUGUUGUGAUAGUGAUUUACCAGAAAAUAUGACUCAGUGGUAGUUAGAUUUAACUGUAUAUCUUUGUCUCUUAUUUGCUCACUGUCUGAGAUCAUUAUUCUUAUUUGCUCAUCUCACCCAUGUCACCUCAGUUUUAAAGUAGCCUAGUCAUUCUUUGUGUUCAGCAGCUACUACACUGCCACCAAAGUCUUAUCAUCACACAAUGAGAUUAAACAAAAAAAAGCUUUCAAUUUCAACGGGUUGAAUGUCCUGGUAUUUGUUUGUGUUUGUUUAGAAAUGUUAGAGGACAUUGAUCCGUAUCUGAAAUAAAGAUAUCAUAAUUGGUGCAGAGAAGAAUUUAGAAAAUGUCCUGAUGUACUACACCCAUCAUAAUUUCCCACUGUAAAUGUAGUUGUAGUGUAGACCUCUGGACAGCAGAGGGCAUAGUGAUUAUAAUCUCAAUGGUAGAGUAGUCCUACUGUACUUCUCAACUGUGUCUCUGAGACACAUACAGUAGCUGACCGGUAACUGUGGGCACAGGCAUCUUCAAUAAAAUGUUGGUGGCCAAUAGAAAAUGAUAUCUGUGUGUAUUUAUGAUGUAUGUGUGUUUCCUUUACUCUAAUCACCCAGUAGACCUACACAUGAACACACCCACACACUCAUGAAGGUAUAGCAGUAUACAGUAUAGCAGAAAUGCAGUAUGACAUGACAUAAUACCCCAGGUAUCGAACUGUAUAGACCAGACUCCAUUCUGUCAUUGGUGUGAUUUGAAUGAGAAGUAAAUGAUCAUCCCCUCUGACCCUUUCUCUCCCGUCUAUUCUGUUGUGACUGGUGUGUGUGUUUGUACUAUUUGCCACUGUGUAAUAGAGUGUGUGCCUGCCUGUCGGUCGGUCAGCUGGGUAAUGUGAGAAGGAAAGAAGCAGGGGGAGGGAGGGUGAGAGAGUUUGGGUGGGGUGAGUAAGUUCAGAGCUGUCAAAAGACUGUAAAGAAUAUAGCCUUGCAACUCUGCAGGGUGAGCGAAAUAAUGUGAGUGUGUGUUUGUGAAGUGUGUGUGUUUGUUAUCACGCUACACCAGUCCGUGUGGGACCUCUCGUUAACUUCAGCAGCACGGUAAGGACUCUUGAUUUCACUCCCAAACUUUCUGUACAGCACAACAGACAUGACAUGCUGUAAGUAGUGGUAAGUCUUGAGUGAUUGUCAGUUGGAUUGUAUGUAAAACGUGUGUGUAUGCACUGUAUGUGCUUAUUAUAGAGCUGACUGAGUCAGUAUGGUGGACCUACUGUGGAGCAGGCACGUGUGUUACGAAGGCUGUUUCAUUCAGCUCCAGUCUAUGCCCUUGAUAUAUUUAUUUAUAUUUGAACAGCUUCUAUAGAUACUAUGACUGUGUAUGGACAGUUAACUGUACACAAUGGUGUCUAGUGAAGAUACAUCAGGGUUAUUGGUAGUGUUCAUUACAGUAAGUUCAUGUUUGCGAGUGUACAGGAGGAGUGUGAUAAUGAAUGGCCAUUACCUGUGACAUAGUGGAUGUCGUUAAAAUGAAAGAGAGCACUUGCUGAGACCAGAGCAGAUGGGUUAUGUCAGGGGCUGUCACUCCCUGUUGCCAUCGCAAACACACACACACAUACACACACACACACACACACACAAGACAUAGGUAUGAUGUAGUUACUGUAUGUAGUAAGGAAAUUGGGUCAAUGUUGCUGAAAGAAAAAGAAAGAGUAAAGGGAAUUUGGGUUUACAGCCUUUCAAAUGUUAUGUAUUGAGAGGUACAGUAGUGUGUAUAUGUACAGUAUCAGUAUGUGAGUAAUGUCUGUGAGAGGAGAGAGGGUUAAAAACAUGUUUUUGGUUGGAGAUUAUCAGAGAGUCAGUUAGAUGGAGGAGUGGAAUCAUUGGAUGGAGUGUAGGAGGCAGAAGAAUGCUGGAAUCUGACAGAUGAAUGAUUUGUUUGUUCUCUCACAGUAUUCACUUCUGAGUUCUACAAUGAAAGUUAUUCAACUCAUGGGUAAAUGUGUUCAUUUCCUGUUUCAGACAUUUUGUAAGAGAGACAUUACCUAUCUUUCCAUCAUUACUAUAAUAUAGCCGUUUGAUGAUGUGACGUUAUCACUAAAUUGCGAUGAUGGUUCAUACACUACAUGCCCAUAAGUAUGUGGACGGGGACAUUGUCAUGCUGAACCAGGAAAGGGCCUUCCCCAAACAAAGUUGGAAGCACAGAAUCGCCUAGAAUGUCAUUGUUUGCUGUAGCAUUAAGAUUUCCCUUCACUGGAACUAAGGGGCCUAGCCCGAGCCAUGAAAAACAGCCCCAUUAUUCCUCCUCCACCAAAUUUUACAGUUGGCACUAUGCAUUGGGGCAGGUAGCCUUCUCCUGACAUCCGCCAAACCCAGAUUCGUCCGUCGGACUGCCAGAUGGUGAAGCGUGAUUUAUCACUCUAGAGAACGCGUUUCCACUGCUCCAGAGUCCAAUGGCGGCAAGCUUUACACCACUCCAGCCGACGCUUGGCAUUGUGCAUGGUGAUCUUAGGCUUGUGUGCGGCUGCUCGGCCAUGGAAACCCAUUUCAUGAAGCUCCCGACGAACAGUUAUUGUGCUGACGUUGCUUCCAGAGGCAGUUUGGAACUUGGUAGUGAGUGUUGCAACUGAGGACAGACGAUUUCUACACGCUACGUGCUUCAGCACUCGGUGGUCCCGUUCUGUGAGCUUGUGUGGCCUACCACUUUGCGGCUGAGCCGUUGUUGCUCCUAGACGUUUCCACAUUACAAUAACAGCACUUACAGUUGACCGGGGCAGCUCUAGCAGGGUAGAAAUUUGACGAACUGACUUGUUGGAAAGGUGGCAUCCUAUGACUGUGCCACGUUGAAAGUCACUGAGCUCUUCAGUAAGGCCAUUCUACUGCCAAUGUUUGUCUAUGGAAAUUGCAUGGCUGUGUGUUCGAUUUUAUACACUUGUCAGCAACGGGUGUGGCUGAAAUAGCCGAAUCCACUAAUUUGAAGGGGUGUCCACAUACUUUUGUAUAUUCAGUGCAUUUGGAAAGUAUUCUUGACUUUUUCAAAAUGUUGUUACGUUACAGCCUUAUUCUAAAAUUGAUUUUUUUUUUAAUUUGCCUCAUCAAUUUACAGUUGAAGUCGGAAGUUUACAUACACUUAGGUUGGAGUCAUUAAAACUCAUUUUUCAACCACUCCACAAAUUUCUUGUUAACAAACUAUAGUUUUGGCAAGUCGGUUAGGACAUCUACUUUGUGCAUGACACAAGUAAUUUUUCCAACAAUUGUUUACAGACAGAUUAUUUCACUUAUAAUUCACUGUAUCACAAUUCCAGUGGGUCAGAAAUGUACAUACACUAAGUGCCUUUAAACAGCUUGGAAAAUUCCAGACAAUUAUGUCAUGGCUUUAGAAGCUUCUGAUAGGCUAAUUGACAUCAUUUGAGUCAAUUGGAGGUGUACCUGUGGAUGUAUCUCAAGGCCUACCUUCAAACUCAGUGCCUCUUUGCUUGACAUCAUGGGAAAAUCAAAAGAAAUCAGCCAAGACCUCAGAAAAACAUGUGUAGACCUCCACAAGUCUGGUUCAUCCUUGGGAGCAAUUUCCAAAUGCCUGAAGGUACCACGUUCAUCUGUACAAACAAUAGUAAGCAAGUAUAAACACCAUGGGUCCACGCAGCCGUCAUACCGCUCAAGAUAGAGAUUAACGUACUUUGGUGCGAAAAGUGCGAAUCAAUCCCAGAACAAUAACAAAGGACCUUGUGAAGAUGCUGGAGGAAACAGGUACAAAAGUAUCUAUAUCCACAGUAAAACAAGUCCUAUAUCGACAUUACCUGAAAGGCCACUCAGCAAGGAAGAAGCCACUGCUCCAAAACCGCCAUAUAAAAGCCAGGCUACGGUUUGCAACUGCACAUGACUACAAAGAUCGUACAUUUUAGGGAAAUGUCCUCUGGUCUGAUGAAACAAAAAUAGAACUGUUUGGCCAUAAUAACCAUCGUUAUGUUUGGAGGAAAAAGGGGGGACUUGCAAGCCGAAGAACACUAUUCCAACCGUGAAGCACGGGGGUGGCAGCAUCAUGCUGUGGGGGUGCUUUGCUGCAGGAGGGACUGGUGCACUUCACAAAAUAGAUGGCAUCAUGAGGAAGGAAAUUUAUGUGGAUAUAUUGAAGCAACAUCUCAAGACAUCAGUCAGGAAGUUAAAGCUUGGUCGCAAAUGGGUCUUCCAAAUGGACAAUGACCCCAAGCAUACUUCUAAAGUUGUGGCAAAAUGGCUUAAGGACAACAAAGUCAUGGUAUUGGAGUGGCCAUCACAAAGCCCUGACCUCAAUCCUAUUGAAAAUAUGUGGGAGGCCUAUAAACCUGACUCAGUUACACCAGCUCUGUCAGGAGGAAAAUUCACCCAACUUAUUGUGGGAAGCUUGUGGAAGGCUACCCGAAACAUUUGCCCGAAGUUAAACAAUUUAAAGGCAAUGCUACCAAAUACUAAAUGAGUGUAUGUAAACUUCUGACCCACUGGGAAUGUGAUGAAAUAAAUAAAAGCUUAAAUAAAUAAUUAUCUCUAUUAUUAUUCUGACAUUUCACAUUCUUAAAAUAAAGUGGUGAUCCUAACUGACCUAAGACAGGGAAUUUUUACUAGGUUUAAAUGUCAGGAAUUGUGAAAAACUGAGUUUAAAUGUAUUUGGCUAAGGUGUAUGUAAACUUCCGACAUCAACUGUACAUACAAAACCCCAUAAUGACAAAGCAAAAACAGGUUUUUAGAAACUUUUGCAAAUGUAUUAAAAUUUUAAAAUGGAAAUAUCACUUUUGCAUAAGAAUUCAGACCCUUUACUCAGUACUUUGUUGAAGCACCUUUGGCAGCGAUUACAGCCUUGAGUCUUCUUGGGUAUGAUGCUACAAACUUGGCACACCUGUAUUUGGGGAGUUUCUUCCAUUCUUCUCUGCAGAUCCUCUCAAGCUCUGUCAGGUUGCAUGGCUGUGUGCUCAAUUUUAUACACCUGUCAGCAAUGGGUGUGGCUGAAAUAACCGAAUCCACUAAUUUGAAGGGGUGUCCACAUACUUUAGUAUAUACAAUGUAGCUUACAUAAACUAAAGUCUGUUGUUGUUCUCUCUGGAUGGAUGGUCAGUGGUGUUUUCCUUUGAUCGGUCUUGAAAAGGAUUGUAUUAUUCUAUCACUAUUGCUAAAGCAUAAGGCAUGGGUUACUCUCACCCCUGGUGUCUGUUGGUGAGCUCUAUUGUGGAGACAGAACAAGGAAGAAGUGAGGGACAAGUGAGGGGUGAAGGACAGACAGGCAGAGGAGAUAAAGGGGAUGUAGUGUGAGAGGAGCCUGUUAAAGUGACCUGUGGUCAGUCACGUUGCAGAUCAAUAGAGUAUCAUGGUCUCUCAUCGAUGGCAGGGAGCUCAUGUGGUUUUAAAGUCCCAGCCACUCUGACCUGUUGUGGACCCAUGAGACAUGCUGCUGCCCUCUGCAACACACGCUGACAGGCUGCCCAUCAAUAAUGAAUAAAGUGGGACACGAAGAACAGGCAGCAGGGGGCAACUAGCGAGGAGGUGACAGUGUGUUUCACACUGCAGACAAUACAUCUCUUCCCCACUCACUUCUCUACUCCUCUCCUCUCUGCUUCUCAUCACAUAUUGUCAAAAGCACCCGCAGUGUCACACAUCUCUUUCCCCAGAAUGUCCCCCAUCGGUUUCUAAUCCGAAAUAAUAAUAUAAUGCCAUUUAGCAGACUCUUUUAUCCAAAGCGACUUACAGUCGUGCGUGCAUACAUUUUUGUGUAUGGGUGGUCCCGGGGAUCGAACCCACUACCUUGGCAUUACAUGCGCCAUGCUCUACCAGCUGAGCUACAGAAUCUGAGGUGAACCGAGUUAUGUUGGGACCUUAUGAGUGUAGCCUACCUGUAGCACCACAGAGGUCCUCAGUCAGUAGCAGCACUGUAACAGGACUACAGGAGGCUCAUCCAUCAAACAUGAAGCUCUGAUGUCAUCUGUGCGAUGGCCACCCUCAUGAUUUAUACAACGUUUUACUCAUAUAUCCGUUGUGUCUAAGUGUAUUAUGUAAACACAGUCAUACACAGUUAUACCAUGGGAAAAACAUGGAGUUAUCAAGUAACAACAAGGCCGACUUCAAAUGCCAUCAUCCAUAGGCAGCGUGUGAGUUUCAAGUUUGGGGAAGCAAUUUCUUCACCAUUUGCAUACUAAUGUAAGAUAGGCUACUAUUCUUAAUGUGAUGAGUAGAUUGCAUAGUCAUAAUUUAGGCUAAUAAUAUAACUCAGUCACUGUAAGCAAACCAGACAGUUCUGAACAAUGCAUACCUGAGCGCGUAGUGACAUAGAGUAGCACUAAGAGGUUUCUUCUCCUUUCUUUGCACAGGAAAAAUGUGGCCUUUUAUAAACACAUUUCAUGCAAUUCUACUACACUUAAUAUGACUGGAGACAGCAACAUCUUUUUUUAUAUGACACAAAUUAGUAAGUAGGCUACUCUGCUGACGCUGACAAACAGAUCAGUAGAAAUGACCUUGUCUUGAGUGCAACCAUCUACUGUAGGCCUAUGAAAAAGGGAGACACAAAUUGUACAGUAUGACAUCCAUCUAGCCUGGAGGAGGAAAUUAUUGUCCCCCCAAAAAAACGCUUAAAACAAUCCACAGCUCAUUUUUUUAAAUAACCUAAUGAUACUCUGUGGCCAAAUCAUGCUUUCUGGUAUUCUGAAUGAUUUUAUUCAUUUAUGUAUAGGCACGAGUCAUUCAAAAGCUAAUUUUGGCAAAUUUAAUUCAACUUACUUUAAGGGAAGCUUAUCUUAUCCUAGCCUAUUGGAUUCACUGCCUUUGCCGACAUCAAUGUAAAAGUAACCUGUGCAUAAAACAGCUGGCAUGCUUACAAGGCCGAGUUCAAAUGCUAACAUCAAAUUCAAAGCAAUCGAUGCACUGCCUAAACGGCUGACCGGCAAAGCAAACUGUCUGGCACUGUCUCUGCUCUCUGCUUUCUUAAAGUGAGAGAAAGGCGCGGAGGCUGGCAGUUACUCUCCGAAAGCCAGCCAAGCAAUAGGCUAAACAGCCUUCGCAUUUUAAUCGGGAUUGGAAUGAUUUGUCAACUUUUUUGUUGCCUACUUUAAAUAGGGUAUGGCAACUGCCCUGGGUGUGGGUAUGAGCUGAGAUGAGAUGAGGAGAGGAGUACAGUGAAAGAGGAUGUUCAGAGAGUUAUCAUCAGUAGCCUAGAAACCUUAGGUAGUUUUUUAAUGUGUGAUAUUGUGCAACCCAUGUUUAGAUAUGGCUGGGAGACAGACAUGAAAAGGCCAUCUGUGUCCUCCCGUGUGAUGUGGCAGCCAGCGUGGUGUCCCUAUCUUUUGGUGUUUAACUGUGUGGCUUUGUCACCAACUUUUGUGUCCAAACUGUCCAUGUUUUCCACUCCAUAAAAGGAGCACUGGUUCUAGUGGUGCACUGUGGUAAGUCGCAGACUAUUUAUACAGUAAAUGGGAACACAGACCUACAAUAGAGACUGGGUGUGUGAGUUUCUGCUUGCAGUUGUGUGACUAACUACAGUAGUCUGCCCGGUGUUAUACAUUUGUGUGCUGUAUGUAUAAAGUAGAUUCAUUGUAACACACACUUCAUUGUAACACACAGAUUCAUUGUGUCACUCACAGCCCACAAUGCAUCUACACCCACCUAAACGUUGUUAACGGUCAAUCCAUCGUCAUGGCAACUAUGCUCCUCAUCCCAUGAACUGCCUCCCCGCCCACAUAGGUCUCACGGCAACCGUCACUAUGCAACCCCCUCCUCCUUCUCAGUUUCUCCAUUUGUGAGGAUGCGGGGGCAGAGAAAGAAAGGAGGAUUAGAAAACCUGGAGUGAGAGAUGAUGAUACAGACAGAAAAAAUAUGAUUUAUUAGUAGAGUGGAGAUGUUGAGGUAGAGAGUGGAUUUCAGCAAAGCUUGAGAUCUGGACAGAGCUGCUAACGGAUAUUACAUUCUUAGAGAAGUCUGAUUAAACAUCAAUAGAGUAAAAGGAACUUGUCUUUAUACACAAGGUACAUCAGUACAGUAUAUCUUGUAGUUCAAACACAAGUUUAGAUACAAUACAUAAUAUAGUUAAAACACAAGGUACGUCAAUACAGUACCUCUUAUAGUGUAAACACAAGGUACAUCAAUACAAUACAUCAUAUAGUUCAAACACAAAAUAUAUCAAUACAGUAUCUCUUAUAGUUCAAACACAAAGUACAUCAAUACAGUACCUCUAAUAGUUCAAACACAUGGGUCAUCAAUGUGAAGUAUAGUACAAAUGUAACAGAUGUACACUUAUUGGCCACUACCAUUUCUCAAGUAACAAAAUCCACAUUCCAACUGAAAUCUUUAUCUGAACUGAGCUGCAGUAAGGUGAACAUUCCAGCAGGGGUCAGAGAUGUAUCGCUGUACAGCUGGCUCCAUUACAUAACAUGCUACGGUCCCCUGUGUUCAAACGGCCUUUCACAGUAUUGUGGCCUUGUUUCACCCUCUUUAUCAGGGAAUGUUUAUUUCUCGAUACAGAAAAUGCUGUUAAAAACCACUAUGACGUGUGUACACUGAUUCCUCUCCCCUGAUGUUCUGAUUGCUAAGGUGUUGUAACAUCAACACUCUGUUGCUAUUGCACAAAGAACAUAGUAUUCUCAACCUCAACUAAUGUGUCUACUGUGGCUGUGUAAGGAUCAUUGGUGUUCUGUUUCCAUAGUCCUCCAAAGUGUUCCUUCCUCCCUGUCAUAUAUUUUCUGUCAGCUCCACACCAACACAGGAAACCACUGCUUCUCAGGGGAAGAGAAUGAGAUAAACAGGAAAAAGGAGGACCAAAAAGAGAGAGAAAGAACAUACGUUUUCCAAAUUGUUGUACCCUAGUCCUACAGAACAUGUUGUAACCACUUAGGUAUUUUAAAAUGACGUUUGCCUGCCUCAUAGUCUGAAGAUAGCUUUCACCACAUACAUUUGCAUACUGCCAGUUUUAGUUUCCCUGUGACUCUGCUCUGUCAUUAUGUUUUCUUCAGGGAUUGAGAAAGAACCAUAGGGCAGCGCCUGGACAGAGGGGGUGUGGCAGGGAAGGAAGUCGAGGCAGGGGCAUGUGACUGUGGUGAAGUGGUUACUCACUGACUGACUGGCUGACUGGACUGGCUGACUGUUGCUACAUGGGAUAGAGAGCAGGACAGUGGAGUAGCUGUUGGAUUACCUGGUAGAUCAGGCCUGAGAAGACUGUUGGGCUUUACUGUAUAUGAGAGGCUGCUUGCUUAGGCUGUUUCUGUUUCUACAUGCCUAUGUGUUGUCUAUCUCUAUUUAUUUUGUGCAGUAGUUCAUUAUGUAGGUUACAUCAGACACGUGUGUGUUGUAGUACUGUACAGGCCUAGUAGAAGAAGUUAACGUUUAUAUGUAUAAGUGGUUGUUUCAUAAUCUAUUGUAUUUGUCAAUAGUACAGUCCUAUGCAUGCAUGCGUGUGAGCUUAUUGUAAAGACCAGGUCUUUCCGGUCAGGUAUGGAGUUAGUGGCAUGUGGCAGUGGAGUGUGUUUAUGGCUAAUGACUGCCGUAAUGUGAAAAUACCUGUUAUUUUCCUGUAUGACAGAGAGAGAAUGUGAGACAGAAAGAGAGAAAGACUCGCUGCUAAAAAGACAAAGAAAUAGUGAGAGAGAGAGAGAGAGAGAGAGAGAGAGAGAGAGAGAGAGAGAGAGAAAGGGCAGAGACCCUGUCACCUGCAGGACUUUGGUUCACAAGGCAGGAAACUUCACUUGAUUCUGUCAGCUCCAGUGGAAGGAACAUUGUUUUGAAGGAAUGGGUCAUGCUGAUCACAUGUUGUUUUAUAACCAUCGGUGUGACUGAAAGGUUUGCUGCACAUAAAAACACUUAUUUAGAAUAGCUGGAGUCAAUUAUGAUCUUUGUUGUGGUGAGAAGCUAAGUACAACGUGCCAGUGUGUGAAUGUGUGUGAGUAAGUUUGGUACUCUUCCAUCAUUUUUAUUUGUCAUUUAGCAGACACUCUUAUCCUGAGCGACUUACAGGAGCAAUUAGGGUUAAGUGCCUUGCUCAAGGGCACAUUGACAGAAUUUUCACCUAGUCGGCUCAGGGAUUAGAACCAGCAACCUUUCGGUUACUGGCACUACGCUCUUAACCACUAAGCUACCUGCCGCCCCAGCUACACAGGUCUAAUAUGUACAUGUAUGUGACUUACCUGUUAGUGACAAUACAUCUGUGUUUGGGGCUGGAGAUCGUUUGGGGCUGGAGAUUACUGGGCCAGGGUGUGCCCCCUUUUCAUCAAGCCCUUUCCCCUCUCAUUCAUCCUUCUGUCCCCAGUGUGGAAGCAGAAACCCAGUGUGUGGAGCCGCCAGGGGCCCACUCAGACGGCCCCUACAGCCAGACCACAGCGUACCUGCGUGGCACAGAGCGCUACAGUGAAAACAAUAGGGGUCCUGGUCCUCCAGGCCCCCGGGGGCUUCCGUGUGUGGCCCCUCCCAGCUCGGCUAGCCUUGCCUGGGCACUGCGAACACGUCAUCAGCCUGCCAGUCUGGCCCUCCGCAAGCAGGAGGAGGAGGAGAACAAGAGGUGCAAGGCCAGUCUCUCUGACAGCUAUGAGCUCUCUACUGACCUACAGGACAAGAAGGUACAUGUAGGCCUGCCCUGAGGUGUGGUUACAGUUGAGUGAGAGAGAAAGUGAAAGAGAAAGAGAAAGAACAAGCGUGAUAACAUGCAUUACUGGCAGUGAGUGUUGUGGUAGCCCUGUCUAUAACUGCUCUGUCCCCUGUUCUGUCUCCUCUUCCAGGUGGAGAUGUUGGAGAGGAAGUACGGUGGCUCCUUCGUGAGCCGCAGAGCAGCCCGGACCAUCCAGACGGCCUUCCGCCAGUAUCGUAUGAACAAGAACUUUGAGCGCCUCCGCAACUCGGCUUCCGAGAGCCGCAUGACGCGACGCAUCAUCCUGUCCAACAUGCGGCUGCAGUACUCGUUUGACGACCGCCAGGCGCAGCAGCAGGGGGCCGGAACACAGACAAACUUCACACACAGUGUGGGCAUUGGCCCUCCUCAUUCACCUGACACAGAGCGGACAGGAGACUACACACACCUGGAAGACUCCUUCUCCAAACAGGUCAGUCAGACAGCUGGUUCUUUAACUAUAGCAGUAAUAUGUUGAAUCGUGUGGCUGGUUAAAUUAAUCCUCAGUUGAAGAUUCUAUUAUAUUCUAUUCCUGUUGGAGUCUUUGUUUUGUCACACUGCCGGUUGAGUAUCUGUACCUUAUUACUGUACUGAGCUUACUUUCACUAUGUACAGGUGAAGUCCCUGGCUGACUCCAUAGAUGACGCCCUGACCUGCCGUGGCGGGCGGGAUGACUCCCAAGAGGGCAGCAGGGAGGGUGGAGGCAUCAGUGAUGACUUUGGGGAGUGUGUGUGGAGCAGCAGCAGUAACCCCUCAUCCCGGAGAGGCCUGGGUGAGAGAUCCCGGGGAGGGGGAGGAGGCCUCAGCAUGCACGGAGACAGCACAGCCACCUCCUACAGUGAUGUCACUCUAUACAUGGAUGACUGUAUGCCCUCCUCGCCCCUGUCUCUGGACCGGACCCCCAGCAGCACAGACACAGAGUACUGGGGCCCCAGGGGAGGCGUGGGGGGCCGUGAGGACAGCAGGGAUACUGAGGGAGGGGGUAGUAGUAAUAGCCGUCGCAGCACCCCCUGCACGGAGUGUCGAGACUACCGUCUAAGGGGCGCCCACCUGCCCCUGCUCACAAUCGAGCCCCCCAGCGACAGCUCCGUGGACACUAGCGACCGUUCGGACCGUGGGUCCCUCAGCAGACAGAUCUACGAGCAGGAGCCAGCGGGAGGAGCAGGCUCUCCUCAGGGAACACUCAAACACUCCCCUAACACUCCCCGCCCUGUCUCCACAGUCGCAGCGCAGGGCCAGACCCGGGCCCCUGGCCGGGGCCCCCCCCUGCCCACUCACAUCCCCCACCACGUGGCACACCACCAUCACCACCACCCUCACCACCACCACCAGUACCCAGACACCCCCUCGUCCUCCUCCUCCCCCCAGCAGCCCCCCACCACCCCCCUGUCCUCCUCCUCCUCUGCUGCGCUGCCCCCUGGUGGCCUUGAGCAGCCCUGUCUGUCUGACGGGGACAACGACUCUCUCAACUCCACCACCAACUCCAACGAGACAGUUAACUGCAGCUCUGGCUCCUCAUCUCAGGACAGCCUGAGGGAGCCCCUACCCCCUCUGGGCAAGCAGACCUACCAGAGAGAGAGUAGACACAGCUGGGACUCACCGCCAUUCAACAACGAUGUGGUGCAAAGACGCCAGUACCGCAUCGGACUCAACCUAUUCAAUAAGUAAGACAUUUGCAAUCCAUUAAUAUUUUACAUUUAAACUACAUAAAACAAACAGCCACAUAUCACAAUCAUAGAAAGUAAAACUUUCAAAAUAGGAAAAGUAGGAAGUCAGGAUAUAGUGUCACCGGGAGGGUAAGGGGAGUCGUUCUCUUUGUUGUGACUUGUCAUUUUCUGAUUGGUCUCUCUGGUUCUCAGGAAGCCAGAGAAAGGGAUCCAGUACCUGAUUGAGCGAGGAUUUGUGUCCGACACUCCGGUUGGGAUCGCUCGCUUCAUUCUGGAGAGAAAGGGCCUGAGCAGACAGAUGAUUGGAGAAUUCCUCGGCAACCGGCAAAAACAGUUCAACAAGGACGUACUGGAGUAAGUCUGGGAAUGGAGGAGAUACAUUUCUAUAAAUCUAUUCUAUCCUUUAAUUUUUAAUUUUAGGGUGUUACUAGUAGUUAAGGUUCUUGCUAAUAUGUACACUGAACGAAAAUAUAAACGCAACAUACAACAAUUUCAAAGAUUUUACUGAGUUACAGUUCAUAUAAGGAAAUCAUUCAAUUUAAAUAAAUUCAUUAGACCCUAAUCUAUGGAUUUCACAUGACUGGGAAUACAGAUAUGCAUCUGUUGGUCACAGAUACCCAAAAACAAAAGUAGGGGCGUGGAUCAGAAUACCAGUCAGUAUCUGGUGUGACCACCAUUUGCCUCAUGCAGCACGACACAUCUCCUUCGCAUAGAGUUGAUCAGGCUGUUGAUUGUGGCCUGAAUGUUGUCCCACUUCUCUUCAAUGGCUGUGCGAAGUUGCUGGAUAUUGGCGGGAACUGCAACAUGCUGUCAUACACGUCGAUCCAGAGCAUCCCAAACAUGCUCAAUGGAUUACAUGUCUAGUGAGUAUGCAGGCCAUGGAAGAACUGGGACAUUUUCAUCUUCCAGGAAUUGUGUACAGAUCCUUGCGACAUGGGGCCGUGCAUUAUCAUGCUGAAACAGAUGAUGGAGGCGGAUGAAUGGCAUGAUAAUGGGCCUCAGGAGCUCGUCAUGGUAUCUCUGUGCAUUCAAAUUGCCAUCGAUAAAAUGCAAUUGUGUUCGUUGUCCGUAGCUUAUUUUGUGCUCACAAUUUGAGAGAAAUAAGCUUUUUGUGCGUCAUGAAACAUGGGAUCAACACUUUACAUGUUGCGUUUUAUAUUUUUGUUCAGUAUAUUUUAUCGAUUUAUUUAAUUAAGAUGAAGGGAGGAGGGGUUUUUUUCAAUUGGAGAGGAUACAUGAUCUAUUCUUUCCUUUUUCUCUUGUAUUCAAGAUUUUGGAGUAUUAUUGUCAGUUAAUGUUUUGCUGAUAUUGAUUGCUUUGGUUGGUUUCUGUGUUUUGGCUUUGAAUUGUUAGUGCUGGUUUCGUGCUCAUUUUGUUUUGUUUUUCUAGUUCUGGGCCUUUUCUUUGUUGCUACUGCCCACAUCCAUCAGGCGUUUAGGUUUAGGUUGGGUGGCAUCCGGGGUACAAACGUGGAUAAGUAUGGGACAGGUGGAGUGUAUUGCACUCAGUGGUUAGAAAAGUGAUGAAGGUGCAAGAUGUACGAUUCUGGGAGGGGGGUGUUAGGGCUUUUCUCGAGAUGGGGGAAACUCUUUAUGGGAGAGACAAUGGAGGACAGUUACAUACAUUGGAAAUCUCAGGUACAGCUACGGUGCAUUCGGAAAGUAUUCAGACCCCUUUACUUUUUCCACAUUUUGUUACGUUACAGCCUUACUCUAAAAUUGAUGAAAUAGUUGUUUUCCCUCAUCAAUCUACACACAAUACCCCAUAAUGACAAAGCAAAAACAGGUUUUUAAGAAAUACAAAACUGAAAUAUCACAUUUACAUAAGUUUUCAGACCAUUUAGUCAGUACUUUGUUGAAGCACCUUGGCAGUGAUUACAACCUUGAGUCUUCUUGGGUAUGACGCUACAAGCUUGGCACACCUGUAUUUGGGGAGUUUCUCCCAUUCUUCUCUGCAGAUCAUCGCUGCACAGCUAUUUUCGGGUUCAAGUCUGGGUUCUGGCUGGGCCACUCAAGGACAUUCAAAGACUUGUCCCGAAGCCACUCCUGCGUUGACUUGGUUGUGUGCGUAGGGUCAUUGUCCUGUUGGAAGGUGAACCUCCGCCCCAGUCUGAGGUCCUGAGCGCACUGGAGCAGGUUUUCAUCAAGGAUCUCUCUGUACUUUGUUCCGUUCAUCUUUCCCUUGAUCCUGACUAGUCUCCCAGUCCCUGCCACUGAAAAACAUCCCCACGGCAUGAUGCUGCCACCACCAUGCUUCAGGGAUGGUGUUAGGUUUCCUCCAGAUGUGACGCUUGGCAUUCAGGCCAAAGAGUUCAAUUUUGGUUUCAUCAGACCAGAGAAUCUUGUUUCUCAUGGUCGGAGUCUUUUGGUGCCUUUAGGCAAACUCAAAAAAUUAUAGAAACCUGUUUUCGCUUUGUCAUUAUGGGGUAUUGUGUAGAUUGAUGAUUUUUUAUUUUUUUAAUCAAUUUUAGAAUAAGGCUACGUAGCAAAAUGUGGAAAAAGUCAAGGUGUCUAAAUACUUUCCGAAUGCACUGGAUAUCUAGCAGCUUUAUCAUCAUGGUACUUUUUGGCAGUAAUUUUACAGGCAUGAAUUAUGGUAAGUAUAAUUGAAACUUGUAUCUCAUUAUGGUAAGUGGUGAAAUAAAUAUAGCUAGUUAUAAUUGUAAUGGCUUAGCAGAUUGUAAGAAAAGACGAUCAGUCUUUACCUGACUAAAAGAGAAGGAAUAUAAUACAGUUGUGUAGUUUUUUUGCACCUUGCUCGAGGGGUGCUGUACUACUAUGGCUGACCCUGUAAAACAACACAUUUCACUGCACGUCUCUGGUGUAUGCGGCAAUAAAAACAUAUUUUGGGGGGAUAUCAAAAUGGGGCUUAGGGGGUGGGCAUGGUGGGGGCGUGGCCAUGGGCGUGGCCAAUGGUGCGGUCAAACAUUUUUUAGACUCAUUUCCUGCAAUUCUACACAUUUUGCCAUGUGGCGGAGAUAACCUUUUGCAGUUUUAAAGCACAUUUCCUGCAAUUCUACACAUUUUGCCAUGAGGCUGAGAGAAAAAUGUGCAGUGUUAAAGGACAUUUCCUGCAAUUCUACACAUUUUGCCAUGAGGCUGAGAGAAAAAUGUGCAGUUUUAAAUCAAAUUUCCUUCAAUUCUACACAUCUUGCCAUGGGGCUGAGAGGAAAUGUGCAGUGUUAAAGCAAAUUUCCUGCAUUUCUACACAUUUUGCCAUGGCUUAUGUUAUAUUUUUUAGUCAUUUAGCAGACGUUCUCAUCCAGAGCAACUUAAAGGAGCAUUUAGGGUUAAGUGCCUUGCUCAAGGGCACAUCGACAGAAUAUUUACCUAGUCGGCUCGGGGAUUCAAACCAAUUACAUUUUAGUCAACCAGCAACUUUUCAAUUACUGGCCCAACGCUCUUAACCACUAGGCUACCUGCCGCCCCGGCUUAUGCUGUCUGAGUGACUCAAACAUUAUAACAAAAUAAUUUAUUUGGAACGUUAAGCCAGACAAACUUCAACUUGCCUAUUUAUAUAAUGAAUAUGAGUUUGGGGGGCUGAAAUUAUUAAAUAUUAAAGCAUUAAACCUCUCACUAAAAGCUUCACUCAUACAAAAGUUCUACUUAAACCUAAACUGGUCCUCCAGUAGAUUACUAAGAAAGGCUGUUUAAAUAUUUACAACUUCUCACAUUCGGUUAAUUGAAACAAGCCAUACAAAGCUGGUUACAAUUUCAAUUUCAUCCUCCAGAUAAGACAGAACAAAUAUUACAACAAAUAUUAUGGUUAAACUCAAAUAUACUGAUUGAUAAAAAUAAAUAAAAAAGCAUUCUUUAUGGAUUUUAUUUCAUUGUAUUAUAUUUAUUAAUGAUAUUAUGAAUAGGAAUGGUGGAGUUAUGUCACACAUGCAGCUAUCCAAAAAUAUAUGGGAAUGUUUGCUCAAUCCAAAGUUACAACCAACUGAUUGCAGCAUUACCGCAGAAAUGGAGGAGGCAUGUGGAAGGGGGAGAAGGUAGGGAACUUGUCUGUCUGCACUAUAUUAAAGACCAAAAUUGAGGGGGAAAUAUUGGCAUAAAUAGAAAUAUAAACCAGUUUCAUUUGAGGACCAAAAUGUUGACAGCUGUGCCAUAAAGGUUGCAAAAUAGCUGGGGAGAGAUUUUCCAUGUACCGAUUUCAGGCACAUGGUGUAUGAACUGAAAAACACAUGAUUCAACACAAAAUUCUUGCCACCAACAGAAUGUUAUAUGCAGUAUAUACAGUGGCUUGCAAAAGUAUUCACCCCCCUUGGCAUUUUUCCUAUUUUGUUGCCUUACAACCUGGAAUUAAAAUUGAUUUUUGGGGGGUUUGUAUCAUUUGAUCUACACAACAUGCCUACCACUUUGAAGAUGCAAAAUCUUUUUUAUUGUGAAACAAACAAGAAAUAAGACCAAAAAAACAGAAAACUUGAGCGUGCAUAACUAUUCACCCCCCCAAAGUCAAUACUUUGUAGAGCCACCUUUUGCAGCAAUUACAGCUGCAAGUCUCUUGGGGUAUGUCUCUAUAAGCUUGGCACAUCUAGCCACAGGGAUUUCUGCCCAUUCUUCAAGGCAAAACUGCUCCAGCUCCUUCAAGUUGGAUGGUGUACAGCAAUCUUUAAGUCACACCACAUAUUCUCAAUUGGAUUGAGGUCUGGGCUUUGACUAGGCCAUUCCAAGACAUUUAAAUGUUUCCCCUUAAACCACUCGAGUGUUGCUUUAGCAGUAUGCUUAGGGUCAUUGUCCUGCUGGAAGGUGAACCUCCGUCCCAGUCUCAAAUCUCUGGAAGACUGAAACAGGUUUCCCUCAAGAAUUUCCCUGUAUUUAGCGCCAUCCAUCAUUCCUUCAAUUCUGACCAGUUUCCCAGUCCCUGCCGAUGGAAAACAUCCCCACAGCAUGAUGCUGCCACCACCAUGUGGGGAUGGUGUUCUCUGGGUGAUGAGAGGUGUUGGGUUUGCGCCAGACAUAGCGUUUUCCUUGAUGGGCAAAAAGCUCAAUUUUAGUCUCAUCUGACCAGAGUACCUUCUUCCAUAUGUUUGGGGAGUUUUGGUGGGCGGCCCUCUCUUGGCAGGAUCUGUACUUCUCCACAACUUUGUCCCUGACCUGUUUGGAGAGCUCCUUGGUCUUCAUGGUGCCGCUUGCUUGGUGGUGCCCCUUGCUUAGUGGUGUUGCAGACUCUGGGGCCUUUCAGAACAGGUGUAUAUAUACUGAGAUCAUGUGACACUUAGAUUGCACACAGGUGGACUUGAUUUAACUAAUUAUGUGACCUCUGAAGGUAAUUGGUUGCACCAGAUCUUAUUUAGGGGCUUCAUAGCAAAGGGGGUGAAUACAUAGGCACGCACCACUUUUCCGUUAUUUAUUUUUUAGUACUUUUUUUCAUUUCACUUCACCAAUUUGGACUAUUUUGUGUAUGUCCAUUACAUGAAAUCCAAAUAAAAAUCCAUUUAAAUUACAGGUUGUAAUGCAACAAAAUAGGAAAAGCGCCAAGGGGGAUGAAUACUUUUGCAAGGCACUGUAUGUAAAAUGUAAGUAAAAUGUACUGUAUGUGUAACAAAAGUGUAAAACAAAAAUGUAAAACUUUUGUCCUCCGAAGCGGGGGGGUGUGGGGGAUGAUGGAUGGGCCAAUUAAAAGUUGUAUUUAAAAAAGUCCUUGGAGAGGCUACUUUUACAGUGUUGACUGUGUGUGUUGUAGUUGUGUGGUGGACGAGAUGGACUUCUCGGGGAUGGACCUUGACGAUGCUCUGAGGAAGUUCCAGGCCCAGAUCAGAGUUCAAGGAGAAGCCCAGAAAGUAGAGAGGCUCAUAGAGGCUUUCAGGUGUGUAUACUGUAUUCCUGUUUACGUGUUCAAUAGUCUUGCUUUGCCAAACUCAUGGUUCUAUUGCGUUGUUAGAGUGAUAGAGAAUGUGUGUUGUUUUAGGAAGUCCCUCUGAAAUCUACUCUACUACUCUCUCUUUUAAGAUUUUACAACAUAUUCUUCUUUCUCCCCAGUCAGCGGUACUGUGUGUGUAACCCAACGCUGGUCCGCCAGUUCCAGAACCCAGACACAAUCUUCAUCCUGGCCUUCGCCAUCAUCCUCCUCAACACGGAUAUGUACAGCCCCAACGUUAAGGCAGAGAGGAAAAUGAAGAUAGAGGACUUCAUCAAGAACCUCAGAGGUGCCGUUGGAACAAACACAUCCAUACACAUGCGCACAAACAAAAUACUCACGUAACAUUAAACUUAGCAUAUGGCUCCCCUUGGUGUUGGGAGAAAUACAAUUCUCAGGCUGGCCCCCAGACUAUAAUGUAGCAGCGUACUGUGAUCAAUUAUGACUAUUGCCACUGCAUUUGUCUCAUCCUUUUGGCUUGUAUGAGUUCAUGGUCAUGACUCAUGCCCCUCAUACCUCCCAGAUAAUGCAAGUCUUGAGUCUUUCAAUCAAAUAGUUAUUUCAAUCAAAUUAGCAAAAUAAUUGAAUACAGCAGGAACUAGACUGGUGCAUUUAUACAUGAACACAUAACAGCCUCUCUCUUUCCCUGCAUGUAUUUUAGGAGUGGACAACGGCCAGGACAUUCCCAGGGACCUGUUGGUUGGGAUCUACCAGCGCAUCCAGAAGUGGGAGCUAAGGACCAAUGACGACCACGUGUCCCAAGUGCAGGCAGUGGAGAGAGUCAUAGUAGGCAAAAAGCCUGUGAGUUGUCUGGGCUUGAAAUGUAACUGUAGCCCCGUGUCAUGUACCUGUUUAGCUUGCGAGGAGCUGUGUAGUACUAGCUGUUGUUGCUAUGUGUUACAGCUUUGCCAAGCUGUAAUACUAGUUCAUUCUUUGUGUUACUGCUCAGCCUUAAGGAGAUUUAAUACUAAACUAGUUUUAUUUUUGUGUUUUGUGUAGGUGAUGUCUCUGCCACAUCGCAGGCUGGUAUGCUGCUGUCAGCUCUAUGAGGUGCCUGACCCCAACCGACCCCAGAGGACAGGAGUUCACCAACGGGAGGUCUUCCUGUUCAAUGACCUGCUGGUGGUAAGGCUUCCUGUAACACGUCCUCAUCACAAUGGGAACUCCUAUGAGAGCCUCCUACUAUGGCUAUGUAAAGUUGGAGACCACCAGGCUAUCCUAAACAAUGAUUUCCUCUUUUCCCCUACCUUAACAACCAUAUCUUCUCCAUGUGCUUCCUCAGGUGACUAAGAUUUUCCAGAAGAAGAAGACUUCUGUGACGUACAGUUUCAGACAGUCCUUCCCUCUAGUGGAGAUGCAAGUCCACAUGUUCCAGAACUCCUGUGAGACCCUGUUCCCUUCUCUGCCUGCUCCUCAUAUUCUUUACUCAACUUAACCAUCCAUCUAGAUACUACAUUAACUGUCUCCUCUGUACACUAGGAAACCCUUUUGCUCCCUUCACUCUGUGUGUGUGUGUGUAUCUAUAUGUAUAUGCCUGUCAUCAUAGAUCAUAAAGUUAACAGCCAUAUGAUACAUUUUGUGUUUUUAUGUUCCUCUCUGUCUGUCACCCAGACUACCUCCACGGUAUCCGCCUGACCUCAGCGGUGCUGGGUGGGGAGAGUAAGAUCCUUAUCGUGUUCAUGGCACCCAGUCAGCAGGACCGCACCCGCUUUGUCAGUGACCUGAGAGAGAGUAUAGCUGAGGUGCAGGAGAUGGAGAAGUACAGAGUAGAGUGUGAGUACACCUCCCCCUGUUGGUCAUUAUGGGGAACUACGGCUGUUUGUGUAUUGGUGUGUGGCUCCAUGGUGUAACAGAGUGGCUAUUGCUUUCCUGUAUCUUACCCUGUCCACCUGUAAGUGAAAAACAGGAAGAAAGACAGUGAUAUUAACUAUUUCUAAUGUCAAUCUCUCUUUCGAUCUCUCCCUCUCUCUCUCCUUCUCUACGUAGCUGAGUUGGAGAAGCAGAAAGGCGUGAUGCGGACUGGCCUGCUGACCGGCUUGGUUGUAGGCGGAGUGGGGGUGAAGGGUGAGGUGGUGAACGGCACCCUGGGAAGGCCCAGUCUAGAUGACAACUACUCUGCAGGAGAGGGACUGAAACGCUCCGCGCUCAGCUCAUCUCUCCGAGACCUAUCAGACGGAGGUGAGACACAUACACACACAUACACACACACACACACACAUACACACACAUGCGCGCACACACACACACACACAUACACACACACAGACACACAAACCAACACACAUACACACACUCAUACACACACAUAUAAACACACACACACAUAAACACAUACACACACAAACCACUCCCUCUUGAAAAUGGUGUCUUAUUCUAAUAAAAUACUCUCACUAAUCCUGCCGAUUGAUAGAGAUAUGCAAUAUGCUAUUUUUACUGACUGACUGGGUUCUUUAUAAGAAUUAACAGAAAUUCUUCAGACACUAGAGUCUAGACACUGAGAGGGUACCCUACCCAUGGGACUGCUUGAGAUUCUUCCCUUGCUUCGCCUCCUAGUUGCAUCGUGUUCUAUUUCCUCUGGCACAUGAAUACACAGUAUCUGCUGCAUCUCUGCAAGCUCACUCUGAAACAUUAUGUUACUGUAUUUCCCCUCUUCCGCAACCUGCCUCUUCCUGGCUGGGUGCAGGGAAACGUGGUCGCAGUAACAGUGUUGGCUCCCUCGACAGUACCAUGGAAGUAAGUCUGAAUGGACUAACUGAAUUGUGCACCUUCCCCUUUAAUGCGUAUCCCUCAAGCAAAGCCAUCCCAGUACAUACCUUUAAUAGAGCCAUAAAUGUGUCAUUCCCCUGGUCCUUGACCCUGACCCCUCAUUAGCAGGCUCUCUGUGUGACGUGUGUGACUGACGUGUGUGACUGACGUGUGUGACUGACGUGUGUGACUGACGUGUGUGACUGACGUGUGUGACUGACGUGUGUGACUGACGUGUGUGACUGACGUGUGUGACGGAUGUGUGCAUGUGUGUGUUCUGGAAUGUGUUUUGUAUGACCUGUAUGGCAUGUUCUUGUUCUCAACUCUUGUUCUUCUCCAUUCUUGCAUUGUUUGUUUGUUUCAUUGAUUUGUUGUUGGUGUGCAGGUGUUGUGAUGAUUGUAAAGUGACAUACUCAUUGCAGUGUUCCAGUGAUUUGUGAUAUGAUGUCAUACUGUAUGUAUGAGUUACUUCAUAUCAUAUCUUCUUUGCAGAGCUCCUCCUCAACUGACCUUCCUCUUCCUCAGGGUUCCAUCAUUAGCAGCCCCCGGCCCCACCAGCGUUACCCGGUUCCGGGCGUGGUCCCAGGCUGCUACCCUACAGAAGACUACCGGCCGCAUCGCCCCAUCCUGAGCCCCGGAACGGGGGUGGGGGGUGGGCCGGGGCAACAACACACCGCUGCUGGGAUGGGAGUUGGGGGGGUCCCCAGCAGUGUAGAGAGAGCAGGGGUGGGGAGCGGCCCUGGGGGGGGCAAUACGGGCUCCUUCCUGGGCUCUCUAUUCGGCAGCAAACGCGCCAAACCGCCAAGUCCCCUUAUACCACCGGGGCCACCCUACCCCGCCCCUGUCCCACCACCCACUACGGGAGGGCCCCCUCCUCACUCCCCUUCAUCUCUGUGCCAGUCGGAGGGGGGCCCUUCCAAGAUCCAGGCCCUGCAUGCGCAGUACUGCCACACGGCCGCUGUGCAGCCCCCUCCCCCCUACUACCAUCACCAUCGCUACCACGUCCAAGCUGGCCCUCCUCCCUUGCCAGGCGGGGGCGUGCCCCCUCAUAUCCUUCAGAGAGGGCCGCUCCCCUGUCGCCCUCCUAUUGGCCCCCCUCACGCCCAGCUCCAGCAGCUGGCCCAUCUCUCCCAGUUUUCCCAGCAUGGCAUGCAGGGUCGCUACGGCAACAUAGCGGUGGGCUGUCCUCCCCCCCUUUCUCCUCACUCCCAACAUUCCCAGAACCCCCAGUUCGCCCUGUACCACACGCAGACCACACAAUCUAUCAGGGGGGGCGCUGUGCCAAGCAAACCUCCUCUGACUUUGUCUCACUCCCACCCGCACCCCCACGCACACUCCCACACCCACCCCGGGCAUCCCCUCAGUGCCGCGCCACACCCCACCCCCCACCCACAUCAGUCUCACUUCAUUUUUGGCACGCUGCCCCACCAACAUCAGCACCAGCAGCCGCCCGCCUCCGUCAACGUCCAUCACGCCGCGUCCGCCGCCCAGUAUCAGCCCCUGUACCCUCCUCUCUCUUCCAUCCCCCCUCCCCCCCCCCCACUCCCCUUUACCCCCCCCUUCUAUCCCCCUUACCCCUCUUACCCCUCUCUGCCCUCACCCCCCCCAGCACCCCGGGCAGCCUCAGCAGGGGCCCCAGGUGACGGGGGCUGGGGCGACUGGCACAGGGGGCAGCUCCAAAUCCAAACCUAUCAACCGGAUCAGCACGGUGGUGUGAGGAACAGAACGUGGGGGCACAGAGGGCAGAGGUCAGAGGGCACGAUGGAGGAAGUGGGCGGAGCUAGGGCCAGGGCUAGUAGAGGUGAGCAGGACAGCAGUAGCAGUAACAACAGCGCCAGUGACAAGAAGAAACGCAACUUAUUUCGCCUCUGCUACUUUCACCUCCGCUUCCCACACAUGUAG